UCCAAGCAAGCGAGCGACAACUGGAGAAGCGUGCAGCAAAACAACAUCAUGACCGCGAACACAUACGACGUGAUAGUGAUUGGCGGCGGCAUUUCAGGCCUGAGUGCAGCCAAGCUGUUGCUGGAGAGUGGUUUGAACCCUGUGCUUCUGGAGGCCAGAGACAGAGUGGGUGGAAGAACCUUUACUGUGCGGAAUAAGGAGACUACUUAUGUGGACCUGGGAGGGGCCUAUAUUGGUCCCACUCAGAACCGAAUUUUUCGAUUGGCCAAGCAGUAUGGAGUGAAAACCUACAAGGUCAAUGAAGAGGAGAACCUUGUCCACUAUGUGAAGGGAAAAUCCUAUCCAUUCAAGGGGCCUUUCCCACCCAUGUGGAACCCCCUGGCUAUACUUGACUACAACAACCUCUGGAGAACCAUGGACGAGAUGGGUAUGGAGAUCCCAAGAGAAGCUCCAUGGAGAGCCCCUCAUGCAGAGGAGUGGGACAAGAUGACCAUGCAAGAUCUAAUUGACAAGAUCUGCUGGACCAGUGCUGCCCGUCAAUUUGCCACACUGUUCGUCAACGUGAACGUGACCUCAGAGCCCCAUGAGGUGUCUGCUUUGUGGUUUCUGUGGUAUGUCAAACAGUGCGGAGGUACAAUGAGGAUCUUCUCCACCACCAAUGGAGGCCAGGAGCGCAAGUUUGUGGGUGGCUCAAACCAAAUCAGUGAUUUUAUGGCCAGGGACCUGGGAGACAGGGUGAAGCUGGAGAGGCCAGUUUAUAGCAUUGACCAAACAGGAGACCUAGUGGAGGUGAAGACACUCAAUGAAGAGACCUACCAGGCCAAAUACGUGAUUGUCGCCAUACCUCCCGGGCUCAACUUGAAAAUCCACUUUAAACCCGAGCUGCCCCCUUUGAGGAACCAACUCAUUCACAGAGUGCCCAUGGGCUCUGUCAUCAAAUGCAUGGUGUACUACAAGGAAAACUUCUGGAGAAAGAAGGGAUACUGUGGAACCAUGGUGAUUGAGGAGGAAGAAGCUCCCAUUGGCUUAACCCUGGAUGAUACCAAGCCUGAUGACACUAUUCCAGGCAUCAUGGGAUUCAUCCUUGCUCGUAAAUGCAGGAGACUAGCAGGACUGACGAAGGAAGAGAGGAAAAGGAGGAUCUGUGAGAUUUACUCUCGUGUUCUGGGUUCAGAGGAAGCCUUACAUCCUGUACACUACGAAGAGAAGAACUGGUGUGAGGAGGAAUAUUCCGGUGGCUGCUACACAGCCUACUUCCCUCCUGGCAUUAUGACACAGUUUGGCAAGGUGCUGCGGGAACCUGUUGGGAGGCUCUACUUUGCUGGCACUGAAACAGCCACAGAGUGGAGUGGCUACAUGGAGGGAGCCGUGCAGGCUGGAGAGAGGGCUGCUAGGGAGGUUAUGUGUGCAAUGGGCAAAAUCCAUGCCAGUGAGAUCUGGCAAUCAGAACCUGAGUCGGUGGACGUCCCAGCUUUGCCUUUUGUGACCACGUUUUGGGAAAGAAACUUACCCUCUGUGGGUGGAUUCCUCAAGUUCAUGGGUGUCACCUCCUUCCUGUCGAUUGGUGCUGCAGCCGGCCUAUUGGCAUAUAGGAAGGGACUCAUCCCACGGAGCUAAAGGUCUCCCCUUUUCUCUUCAUCAUCAUCAUUGGCCUUGAUCCAGACUGUUCGACUCUGUUCAACCAAUCACCUUAUCAAGGUUACAUAACUGACAGGGCAAAUGCCACAGUCAUUUAAAAGACGUUACCUUACAAACUAGCUUAAUUUUCUUAGUCAAAUGAUUAUGAAGCCAUUUAUGUGAACCGUCCCAAACACUGGCCACCUCUUAAGUCAUUUCAGCUGUCAUACACUGUGUGCAGAUAUGACUGACAAAUCUAAUCAAUUACCUCUGCUGAUUUUAGGUGCUGUUGUCAGGGACUCCUGACCUGAAAUACCCUUCUGUACUCUCUGUAUGACACUGAUAAAGCAACCGUUACUGAUAACAACACAAUACAUGACUGUUCAUGACUGUGGAUAAAACAGAAUACUACAAGAAAAAGUUUUAAGACAAGUUAACACAUUUCCCGUUACUAGAUCUGUAACAAAAUGUUAUAUCAGUGUGAUGCAGAUAUUAUAAGAAGUUAGCACUUGCGUAGGCUUACCUGCUUUCCUCUGGCUCCAGGUAGCCAGUUCAGUUUGAAAUGGGUUAGUCUGUCAUAAAGUUCUUAUCCAUCCAAUGAAGAAUGAAAAGGUAGUUGUUCCAAAAGUGUUGCAUCUAUUGAAAGCUGCUGAUCGUGGGGUUCUUAGAUCACUUAUGAUUGAAGAUUACAGAAGCAUUUGAAUGUAUUUUUCCAGUUAAGAUCUUAUCUUUUAUUAUGAUUUUAUUGCUACUUUGCUACUUUAGAUCAGAGUAUAUCUGAAAUAUGCAUUUGUUUUCUAUUUUUCUCUUUUUAACAUCCACCUUUCCCAGCUAAUGUUGACACAUGCAUUCAGUAAUAAAAAUCAUACCACUUAACAUUUCCUCCUCAAAUAGGUUGCCUGGUGAAAAUUACACCAGAUAUCAACCACCUCUCAUGUCAUGUGACACACGCAGGUUUUUCAUGAAUUCAAAUCAUAUCUUUUCUGUUCCAUUUCAUAAACAUUACAAAUAACCCAUUUGUCUUAAAGAGGUCUUAAGCUUAUUGAUAGCUCUCAGUCAAACACUACCAAACCAGAUUUAUUCACCCUUCAGUUGCAUGUGUAUAUGAGGGUGAGAAGAAUAGCACAGUUCAUAAAACAUUUCUGGUCUGCGCUUUAUAGUCACCUGUACUUUGUGGUAAUACACACUGAACAUUGUUAAGUUCUGUGUGAAAUGCACCAUAGAAUUUUACUACACCUUUGUGCGUUGUUUUAUAUAGUGGUCGGCUGACUGUAUGAAAAAAACACUUUCAUUUUAACUCCAAAUUUGACAUUAUUCAUUACACGACUGGAUUGUUGUACUUGUAUUUCAACAGAUAUUUACUUUAGUUAAUCAUUUUCACCCUCAGUUAAUGCACAUUUUAUUAGUAUUCAUGAACAUAUUAAUCAGAAGCAUACAAACCAGUAUUUUAAUUUCGACUCAUUCUACAUUUUGGUUGUCUCGGCCUAAAAUGCCAAUUUAUGGAUGCUAUCAGAAUAUAAGUAAAUUCAGUUAAAAGCUAGGUAAUGGGUGUUUAAAAAAAGACAAAAAAGCAAAGAGAUUAGUGAAUAAUACAUUAUGUGUGUAAACCCACUAUAAGUGGAAUGUGUUGUAGUUCCAAGAUGCAUUGUGAGUGUUUUUUUAAUGUGGUGCCUUAAUUGGAUAUUGGUGUCCUGCAUUUUGUCAAGUGCCUAUGUGAUUGUGUGUCUCUUCAAGCUGUCCAACCGUUUCACACUCAAAGAAUACACGCAUAAUGUUCAGGAGAAGUCAGUCUUAGAUGUUGGUAAAGACAGUUUUGCCCUAAUCCUCAUUCAGGCUAUACUAGACUCCAUUGUCUAAUUAAUACUCUGCCUUACACAUUGUCCUCUGUCAGUCACUUCUUGUUGCAGCAGAUUUGUCCCAGAGACAUAAUCCUCGGACCUUUUUUCUCAUUUGUAGUAUUCAUGUUAAGACCUAUAAUAAAUAAUGCUUUUGAACUUCCUUUAGGGAACAGUGUUGAAAGAGAUUGUGUUGUUAAUAGGGUAGUCAGUUCUCUUCCUUCAUUGCUUGUUUUCAAGAUGACAUGAUAACUAUCCUGAUUUCUUCUGGGAGUGCAUUUAUAAGGUACUAUUGACUGAAAGUCUCACAUAAAUCCAUUACUGAUCCACUGUGUUUGUUUGCCUCCUGCUGGUAGAACAUGUGUACUGCAGAUCAUGUUUCAAAAUAUUUCAAAAUUAUUUCAAAUUUGGACCCACCGCAAGCUGUACUUCAGCCAGUUAAAGUCAAUGUUUUCCCCUCUCCAAUCCUGAGGAGUCAUUCACAACACAUUUGUAUUCUUGCCCUCCACUGAAAUAUCUAACUCAAGUAAUCAAGGGCUUUAUAACCAGAAGACCACGUAAUUGUUUGCAUUUGUGCUUAACUAAAUUGAGAGGGUGCUGUCGAGUCCAUUUCCAGGGCUGCGCCUUUGUAAAUUAAACUCCAAACUGAAAAAGGCUGACCUCUCCUGAACCAGAAAGUGAGCCAAAAAAAACAGAAAGAAAAAACAAAGAAAAUAAAACACUGUCGACAGGGAAUUAGAAAUCAAUCUUUUCUGAGAUUCUCAGCACAACGCAGACACGCUCAACAACAUUACGCACAUUUAGGUAUGUGGUUGAUUGUGAGCUCAGUAACACUUGACUCUAUAAAUGCCAUUCUGCCGUGUUGUGAUUGAUGUUAACUUGCCUCAUUGUGUACUUCUUGAUUUUUAAGAGAAAUGCCGCAGUUAUGCGUUCUUAACACAUCUGUCAGAAUUAGCUUCCUCUUUUGCACUAGUCACCUACGCUGCAGCUGUGCAGCAAUAUUGUCCCUUCUGUCAGUCUCUGUGUGUGAAAUGUUGAGCCCUUGUGUCCUGGGAUUGCAUUUGUUGACCUCUUUGUAUGAAUUUGACAACAAAGCUGGUAAUAAAAAUGUGAAAUCUUC